AAAUUGACUUCCGGUUGAGGGGAGGACUGAGCAGUCACGGUGGCCGAGAGGUUAAGGCGUUGGACUCGAAAUCCAAUGGGGUUUCCCCGCACAGGUUCGAAUCCUGUUCGUGACGUUCGUCUUUUGCUUACUACGCCACGCAAACACGAACUCCUCCCGCUCUCCUUAUGAUGUUUUUCAGAUACAUACGUGAUAGAUCGAACGCAUUUCGGAACACAUAAUCGCACAAACAGCACAGGUGUCAUACUGUUGGUGUUUCUCAUUACGAGCAGCAGGUUAAUAAUGUAUUUAUAUGGUUCGAUUAUGACGCUUUGUUUUCAUUCCGAACUGAAAUCUGUAUUAUAUGGUGGCCGAGAACUGCCACUGCUACAAAUAAAAAUAGAAUGCUGAGAAAAAGAAACCACAACGGAAGUUACUGAUGAAAAACAAGAAACAGGCAGAUAAAAGAGCCACAUACAAAAAAAAAAAAAAAAAAAACACACACACACAAAAAAAAACUUAUUUUCGCAAUAAGUAUUUUUUUUGCGUCAUUAACUUCCUUGAGGGUUUUUUUUUUCAUUUGCAUCCUUUUAAUUUCGCAGUAAGUAUUUAUUUAUUUAUCUAUCUAUUUGCAUCACCACUUUUCUGUGUGUCAUUAACUUCUGUUGUGGCUUUUUUUAUUUGCAUCCCUGUAUUGUCACAGUAAGUACAUUUUUUUUGCAUCACCACUUUUUUUUGCAUCAUUAACUUAGGUUGUGGCUUUUUUUUAUUUGCAUCCUUUUAUUUUUGCAGUGAGUAAUUAUUUAUUUAUUUAUGUAUUUAUUUUGCAUUACCACUUUUUUGCGCCACUAACUUAUAUCCUGGGUUUUUCGUAUUUGAGUCCUUUUAUUUGCCGCAGUUAUUUAUUUAUUUCUAUUUGCAUCACCACUUUUUUUUGCGUCAUAAACUUCUGUCGUAGGUUUUUUUUUUAAUCUGCACUCUUUUUUUUUGCGUCAUUAACUUCCAUUGUGGCUUUUUUUAUUAGCAACUUUUUUUCUUCUGAGUAAGUAAUUUAUUUUUAUUUAAAUAAAUUUUUGCGUAAUAAACUUCCAUUGUGGUUUCUUUUGUCUUUUCUUUUUUUUGCAUCUUUUUUUUUUUGCAGCAGUGGCGGUUCUCGGCCACCGUACAUAUUAACUCUACAGAAACAAUAGCAUCGUGUGCUGUCUUUUUCUCGCGUUGUUUGAGAACGGAAUGUGCUCAGGGCAUACCAACUGUUAUCUUCAGUGUUGAAAGGAGAGUACAUCGAUUGCACGUUAUUGGAACCAAUUCAUAAUGAAGUGUGAAUUAAAUAACACAUUUACUACGAUUAAUUUUGGUGAUAACUAGGUUGGGUGAACAUUAGCGCUAAAAUAUUUCUCCUUUAUGUUCCCCCCCUUUGUCAGGGCGGAUGUUGGACCUUCCCGGUACAUAUAAAGUGGACCGGCACGGUUGGGUGACGUGAAUUUGGGGCAUUGUUGAAUUGGGGUAGAAGCGUGCUGUCAACAGCGUGUACAGGUUUUUAUGUAAAAAGUCGAUUCGAGGCUUUAAUAGUGUUGAGUUUUAACUAUGUAGGACACUUAACCGAAAGCUGUUCGAACAAAAGCAGCGAGAUAAGGUCCACUUUUAGCUGGAGACACUCGUCUUGUAACAAAGCAGAGUGCGCGGUAUAGCCGAGCCUUUUAUUUCCUCAAAUCCCCAACAGACAGAGGCUCACAAAAGGAAAAAACGACCGAUCUGAAAAGAUUUAACGACGAAGCGAUCAGAUUAUGUGAAGAAUGAGGUUGUCAUUAUGGCGAAAACCGUGAAAAGGAGGCGCACAGAGACUCGCAUCCUGAUAUGAGAGGACGGGUUAGCUCAUGGUUAGCUUCUUCUUAGCGGAGCUGUCUGUUAUCAAGUUUGGUCACCCUGCUGAUCAGAAGAGACCAGCUGACUUUUACAGUUAAUGGGAAAAAGUCGAGAUCAGGUAUCAGGGUCUGUGCGGGAAUCCCUCUAACAUUACAGGGUUUAAUAAAUCCCAACUUGGUGAGCAGCAGGCUAGUUAGUUAGCCAGCCGAGCUAGCGCUGCCCAUUACACGGUAACGGAUCACAUCUGAAGUGAUAGGUUAUAGAUUAUUGUUUCUUCAAGGCUAACAAUGGCAGCCUCCACAAACGAGGCCUUGUUUUUGAUAAAGGAUGUGAAGCCCGGGUCCAAAAAUUUGAAUAUCGUGUUCAUCGUGUUGGAAAUAGGUAAGUAGCUGGACUGUGACUCCAGAACAUCAAGUCAUGUGUUGUUUUUAAUAUGAUUUAUGAGGGUAAAUCACUGCCAGAAUAAACCUUAGUUACAUUUUUAUUAACAUUUAGGUAAUUCAAACCCCCAUCUGAGAUGUUGACUUGUCAAAAAACUCUCAGAUAAAGCUUAGUUUAACAAGAAUCACAAGAGGAAAGCUAUUUAAGUCCAUAAAAGUAGAAAUAUAACCAAAAUAAGUCAGUGAAAAGAAUCUUUUUUUUUCUUUUAUAGUAACUAUAUCCUUAUAAACCAAAUUAGGUAGAGCUGGUGUUAAUUUUCAGGUGAGUUUACAAAGCAAGAUGAGAAGAUAACUGAAUAAACAUUUAUUCAGGCCAAACAGAAUUGAAUCAGCAGGAGAACAAAAAGCAACACAAGGUCAUAAAGAUUUAAAACCAUAAAAGUUAUGAAGCAGAUUUAUCUAAAAUGGCAGAAAUACAGAAAUAAAACAUGAGCAUAAAAGUGGAGCAAUGAGACGAGUAAGAAAUAAUAGAUAAAACUAAUACAAGAGUAGAUUCUGGGCACUGUAGGAAGACUAGGACUAAUAAAUUAAUGGAAGUUAAGUAGCUGACAUUUCCUCAAGUAGUUUAGAGUUAAGGGACCCCUAUAGAAAAAAGCAAUCUCCAUUAGAUUAAACUCAUUCAUGCUUUCUUCUUGCAGGGCGAGUAACCAAAACAAAAGAUGGUCAUGAGGUGCGCUCCUGCAAGGUCGCAGACAAAAGUGGGAGCAUCGCCAUCUCGGUUUGGGAUGAACUUGGAAGCCUUAUCCAGCCAGGGGACAUCAUCAAGCUGACCAGAGGGUAGGACUGUUUAAGUCUAGAUUACAAAGAUGAGAGACACUUUCACGCUUUCAUUAAUGUAUCUUCUGUUUUUUUCAUGUUCAGCUAUGCAUCCAUAUGGAAAGGCUGCUUGACUCUAUACACUGGAAGAGGAGGAGAUCUGCAGAAGAUUGGAGAGUGAGUAACUUGCCACAGAUUUGUUUGGCUGUUUUGUACCCCAUAUUGAAGACCAGGUUAUUUGAAAUUUGUCACCAACUUUAAGCAGAUACACUUAUAUAAAAGAGUCUCCAAACUUUCAUCCCUUGAAGUCUCAGUCUUCAAAUGAGUAUUUAUCAUUUACACUGUUUGUAUUUCUCCUUUUAGGUUCUGCAUGGUGUAUUCAGAAGUUCCCAACUUCAGUGAACCAAACCCAGAGCUGCUAGCCCAAGCAAACCAGCAGAACAAGUCUGUAAGUGCCACACAUCCGCUCCACAAAUAAGCAGGACUUCACUCUUCAGUUAUAGUUGGGACAUCUUGCUAAUACAUUUAAGAGUGUUGCAAAGGAGAGAAUCAAGGAUAUCUGUAUUAUUUCAGAGGGGGAGGUUGUUUGACAGACAGCAGCAUCAUCCAAGUUACCAAGCUUUAAUACCACUACAUUAAUUUUAAUUCGCCUUUAUCUUGAAAGGGAAGUAUGCAGUCACAUCCUUGUGCGAUAUGAAAAACUUAUUGUAAUGAUGAUUUUUUUUUUAUUAAAAAAAAAAGUUUCCACUCUACAUUUCAAUAUCUCAUGAUAAAUGUGGAGUGUAGAAACUUUUUAGCUACUAUUAGCUGCUAAAUUUUAAGAUGUGUUUCCUGUUUAAGAAGAUUAUGCUUUGAACCAAACCUGUAGGGAGAAAUGUAGAUGUGGCACAUCAACAUGGCUGUAAAAGGAAGCUAAAUAAACUUCCUCUUUGAACAAACUUUCUCUCUUCCGUUUUUACAUGAUGUUACGCCCCACCCAAAGGCGGCCUUAUGGGGCUAACAACUGUCCUCACCUUUCAACCCAUUAAAUUAACAAAACACCUUCACAAAAUUACUAACUAAACACGAAGAACCCACAACACAAAUGAGAGGCAGCAGGGCAGCAAAUGCCUCUCAUUUGUUAAUUUGUUCUUUUGUAAAAAUAAAUCAUCUGAUAAAUUUUAUGAAGGUAUUUUGUUAAUUUCGUGGGUUGAAAGGUGAGGAUAGUUGUUUGCCCAAUAGGGCCGCCUUCGGGUGGGGCGUAACAAACACAAACACACAGCCGUAACAGUGACUAUAAAUCAUAACUUGACCUGCUACAGUGUUGAGAACUUGUUAAAGGUUGUAACUUCCUCUACUCGCAGGGCAAACCAGAUGGGAAUCAGAGAGGAAACUCUCCACCCAAUCAGAAUUCAGGUACACCUGCACCACCAGGUCAGUAUGGUUUCCGUUUUGCAGCAAAAGCAAAAACAUUUCAUCACAGUUACUUAAAAUCAACAGGAAACAACAGUUGCACACUUUGUUACACUCCACCCUGAGUUUACUAUAUGAGGGGAACGACAUUUCAGAGUUGACCCACAUAAAGUACAAAGGAGAACUUAAAAUGCUGUAAAUAGGAUUUAUUAUGAAACACACAAAGAAACUUGACUACAAUAACAAAUAAAGUGUUUUUAGAGCAAAAUGGCUGCCUCCAUUACAUCAUUUUUUAAUGAUUUAUUCAAAGUGACAAAGCUGUUAUUUAGCCUUGAGAUUUUAUCUUUAAAAAAAAAUGAAAUGGCUUGAUACCUGUUCCGAGAAUAAGAACACAAAAGGCUCCUUUUGAAAAACACCUUUUCUAAAAUUAGUACACUACUGUCAAGUACUGAAACCAAAGCAGUGAAACAGAUCCCGUCUUUGUCAGUUUCAUUAUCAGCACCUGUGAUUUCCUCUCAGUGACACGUCAAAGUGAUUUAUGAUAAGAGAGGCCUGUGAAACAUCCAAGUGUCGCAAUCUAACUUUCUGUGUGUGGGUUUGUUUGUGUUCCUCCACCCUCAGGUAACGGUGCCAUGCCCCCUUUUGCCAACAAUAACAACAACAAUCCGCCAUCUGGUGCACCCCGUGACUCUUCGUUCGGGGGCAUGGGACGACCCAACGGCCGCUCACCUGGAAAUGGAGCCCCUCCUGUAACCGCUGCAGGCCCCCCUACAACAGCAAAGUCUUCAGUUACCAUUAGCAACGGCAGGGACCCACGGCGUGCCAAAAGAUGAAAACUGGGUUAUAGGGGAUCGUGGGAAAAUUACGGACGUCUCCAUGUUGCCCUCCCCCUUUUUUUUUUUUUGAUUUUGUUUUUUACAACUCUUGCCCCCUCCACAUCCUGGCCUAUCUUUGCGUUCAAAAGAAUGAAUCGAAUUAGGGACUCUGCUUCAUUUUUCACUUUUUUACAGGCUAACAUAAUCGGUUGUGUGGUUUUAUUAUGUGUAGUGCAAGUAGUGCACUCAAUAAGCAGCACAAUGUGAUUGUGAUCUACCAUUGAAUGCACUAUCAGGACUCCUUUUAUAGUCAAGCCUCGGUGCUUGAGUCGUGGUCUGCCUUCUCAGUCUUGUCCUCUUAAUCUCACUGCAAAUUGCCAGUUCUGUGCCAGUGUUACCGCCCCCAAAACUCCCUCCCAGUCCCUGCCCUCUUAUGUUCUUUCAAACUACACACCCUACUUGAACACUUGAUGCACUUUCUUCUCUUAAUUUAUGUCGGCAAGGUUGCCUGUCAGUUAAAUCAGGAAAACCAUUUCCACUUUUUAGUGGGAAAGGCCUUAAGUUGGUGAAAAUGAGUUCUCUGACUGAAUGCACAAGCGACAUUUCUCUCUCUCUCUCUUAACCAAACUCUCUGAAGUGGCUCUGUGACAGGAAAGGUGUUAGUUUUGAGUUUUUAAUAAUGGCUAGAUAGAUUGAUAUUAGUCUUUUUUUUUUUUUUUCAUAGGACAUGUCUCUCAUUGCCAUCAAUUGUACCAUAACCGAGGUGGGACCACUUCAAUACUGACGGAAACGGUUCACCAAAUAAAUUUUACAGUAAUUCUGCCACAAGUGGUUUCUGUAGUGUAAUUUACAGUUGAACACAAGUUACUGUACUGUCAAUAAAAUGCAUUUACUUUUGGUAAAACUGAACUAAGAGAUAAUUUUAAAAAGUUCUUCUUUGCAAGUUUGAAGCUGAUAAUUUUUUUAUUUAUUUUUUGCAUCCAAACAUUUUCUGGAUAAGUCACAUGCACAAGUAUAAACAGUAUCAUCACCACCCCCUACAAAACCCUACCAAUAAACUGAUCCCACACCUGUAAAUUAACAAUUUAAACCAUUUAUGUCGUUAAAACCCAGGAUUUCUGCCGGUUUCCACUCUAAUGCUACUCAACAGCACCACCUGGUGUUAAC